UAAGAAGCCUGAAAAAGAUGAAAAAGACUUGGAGAGAAAAGAAAAAUCCAAGAAACUGGAAAAAGAGACUCUGAGGGAGGAAAAAAAUGCGAGUAGUGCAUCUGCCAAACGAUCUGAUGGGGAGACAAAAGAAGAGAAGGCAAAAAAAUCAGAAGAUGAGUGUGUAAAGGACUACAGGGACCGAGAUAGAGAUUUUGACAGAGACAGAGAAUAUGAGAGAGCACAGAGAGAAAAACUGAGACGCCAAGAAGAGGAGCGUCGGAGGCAGAAAGAGCGCUAUGAGAAAGAGAAGGUUUUUAGAAGAAAAGAGGAAGAGGUGAAAAAGGAGAGAGACUUACUCAGAGAAAAGGGAAAGAAAAGUGAUCUUACAGACUUUACCAGCAGCAUGGACAAAUCUGAGAAAGUAACCAAAGACGAUAAAAAAGAGGAUACAAUUAAGAGGGAUCGUAUCAGAAACAAGGAUCGCCCAGCAAUGCAGCUGUACCAGCCUGGAGCCCGAAGCCGGAGCAGAUUGUGUCAGUAUGAAGACAGUGCUGCAAAGCCCCCAGAUCAGGGAGUGGAUAAGAAACAAGAGGGUGAGACCAGUCACACGAAGGAAGAGGAGUGACUGAUGUGCCAGCCUUAUGUGUUCUGACUGUGCAGCCAAAGAGCAUGUGCUACACAAUCCAGAAGUGCCUUCGGAGCGAAAAAGGAACAAAGGAAGAAAGGGGGGCAUUGUGCUGUUGGAUGUUUCUGGUUAAAGAACCUCAGUUGUAGAUUUGGAAUUUGAAAUGUGUUCUCAUUUGUAAUAUUUUGAGUUAUUUGAACUUAUUUUCCCAGCAUCUAACUAUAACAGAGAAGAGAAUCUUUGCAAAAUAGAAAGACUUUAUGGCCUUAAGUUUGAUAAUAAAUGAGUUGUAGUCAGGAGGGAAUGAGACCUGGAUCAAAAGCCAGAGCUCUACUCUAAGGCAGUAAGAGCCAGUGUUGGAUGCACUUAAGCAGAGCAAGCUUGGAGUUGCCUGGACUUAACACACAGGUGUUGCUGUGUUGUGUGGUGCUCCUGCGUGAGGCAGUGAAAGCUAAAGUGUGUCAGUCUAGCACUGAGACACAUACAUAGGCUGGGGUUGUUGAGGUACCAGUGGAUAGAAGCCUUUUGGCACAUAAGGAGCAGAACAUCUGGGAGUGCAGUAACCAUGUUAGGGAGGGGGAGACCAUCCUCUUCAGUGGUUCUCUGGAUAAAGUAACUGAAGUUGGAGUGUAUGAAUAAGCUGGCUUAAUAGUUGAAUAUGUCUUGAUAAAUUCUCAUGUAAAGUCUCCCUACAUUGAAAUGCUUAUUUUUAACCAAAUGUAGCUGGUUUGGGCAUCCUGUUUUCCAGCAUCUUCCUUUCUCUCAAGUCUGAAAUGCUUCUGAGCUCCUGCCCUCUUGGAACUGCUUCCUCUUCCCUUAUAACCUGAAGUAUUGUUUUACAGCCCAGAACGAGACUUCGCCAGUAGCAGCUCCUCCUAAGCUAGCGAAUUUUAGCCAUAACUGUUUUUUGUACUAAACCAAAAUAAACUCGCACAAACUCGCUCGGCCGCCGCCGCCCCUCACUGCGUGCGGGACCGCCGGGCCGGCAGGGGGCGCUGUGCCCGCUCCGCAGUCGCCGCCGCCCCUCCCUUUCCGCCUCCUCGGACGCCGCCAUCGCCGGGACGCUGCGCAGCUCCGCGCCAUGUCGUCGCACAAGACGUUCAAGAUCAAACGCUUCCUCGCCAAGAAGCAGAAGCAGAACCGGCCCAUCCCGCAGUGGAUUCGUAUGAAAACCGGCAAUAAGAUCAGGUACAACUCCAAAAGGAGACACUGGAGGAGGACCAAACUGGGCUUGUAAGAGAGACUGUCCCGGGAGCUCUAAUGAACACUGGUCUUUGUGUGUCAGAUCGAUAACACCCUCAAGUCAUUCCUUCUCUUGUGCUGGACUGCAGUCCCCAGUGUGGGGUUUUAUAAGCUGAUCUGGGAUGUUGAUGUUAACUGGGAAAAACUUGUAUCUGAAACAUGGAGACUGUGUUCUAUUUGUGUUCUUUCAGGCAUCACCAUGAGCAUUGACAGUGCACAGGUUUACUAAUAAAUAUGGACCUGAAUGAC